AUGGAUCAGGACAACAGCCCAGGACCAACUGCUUCAGUUCCCAGUACCAAGGAUGUCUCCAUUAUUGGCGCUCUAAUGUUUGUUCUCUGUAUAAACGAGAACAAAAAGUUUCUUGACCAACAUGGGAAGAACGGUGUCAACCAAAGUUGCAUGGACCUUGUGGCCUGUCUCAAGUUCCUUGCCACUGUUGGCAUUACCAAUUUCCCAGUAUACAGCAUCAUAACUGAUGGCACUUUGGGUACCAUUGUAAGUGCCCAUAUGAAGGAUCAUGUGGAAGGGGUAAUUUAUGAGCACAAUGUAAGAACAUUUGACAUUUCAAACCCCGUUGAUGCCUUCAAUGUUGCUACUUUCAUCACCUUCGUCGCUAUGGAACAUGCACAAGUACUCCGCAAUUUACUUAGUGAGCAAAAACUUCAGGAACUUGCCAGGCAGUCAGACCAGGAUGAUCCUUCCCUCCACUGGACAAUGGAGCACCAGUUUCCUGCAGCAAAGAAGUCUUCUUAG